AUGUGUCAUUUUUCUCGCUCUUCCUCGUCCUGCUUCCUGUUCCCGUUUUCGGUGCCACAGGUGGUCCUGGAACAUUUUGAUCACGACAAUGGUGAAGCCUCUAGGUUUACCGGGUGGUUGACUCUCGUGUCGUGCAUCGUUCAGCUCAUCGCUAUCCCGACCCUUUGCGGGGCUAGUGACGUCAUCGGCCGACGUGCGAUCCUCGCCGGCGCCCUGGCGCUCACCGCCGUGUCUUCGUGCUCCCUAGGGCUCGCCCCGAGCUCCAUCACAGUGGUGUCGUUGUGCCAGGUGGUGUCGGGCGUUGCGAACGCUAUCCUGCCCAUCAGCCAGGCGAUAAUUAUCGACCUUUCUCACUGGGGGGCGGCUGCUGGAGGCGGUGAAGUGACUCACGGCCUCGGACUGAUCGGCGCCGCGUUCGGUCUCGCGGUCAGCGUUGGCCCCGUUCUGGGGGGAUCUCUCACGGAGGACCACGCGGGCACGGCUUGCUGGCUGUCCGCGUCGAUGUCUGUGCUGGGCGUGCUCUCGCUCAAGUUUUUCGGGUGGGAGGAAACGGCGCCCGCAGCCACUCAAGGGACAGGGGGGGCUGCGGCGAACGCGAGAGCAGAAGGAGGAUGGAAAAAAUUCUGCGCUAGGGGCUCGUCGUCGAGAAUCGUGAACCCGUUUUUGGUUCUCAGGGUGUUCCUCGAGAGCAGCCAGCUGAUGCAGCUGGCUGUGGUACUUGCGUGCUUCUCCCUCUCCCUGAACGUGUUCAGCGUGUACUACAACUACUUCGACUUCCGGUACCACUGGAGCCCGCUAGACAUCAGCUUGUAUUUCUCGACGCUUGGGAUCUUGCUGGCGCUGACGUCGGGCCUUCUGAUCCGCUUUCUCGUGCCGAAGCGGUUGUCGAUGGGACGAGGCGUUCUGAUUGGUCUAGCGCUGCAGAGUUCAUCGACGACUCUGUUUGGCCUCGCCUCUCAGGGGUGGAUGUGUUAUGUCGUGUUGGUGGCAACCGUUCUGCAGUACAUCACGGAGCCGUGCAUCCAAGGCGUCAUGGCCAACCACGUCGGCGCAGACAGACAGGGGAGCUUGCAGGGAGCGGUGCAGUGCCUUCGGAAUGUUUCGCAGGGUCUCGCCGGCGUACUCUACGGGCAGAUAUUCUCGCUGGGCGUAUCGACCCGCGUCGAGAAGGCGUUGGGGUUCGUGCUGCCCGGCCUGCCUCUCUUCUGCUCGUCGGGGUGCGGCGCAACGGCGUUGGCGAUCGCGUGGUACGCCCUACGCAAGGCAGGCGAGACUGGCUCGGCGGACCCCAAAUCGACGGCCAACCCGUCGGACGUCGAGGCCGAGGAGGGCGGGAUGAUGGCCUCCAACACCGUCGAUGUCACCGACUCAUCAACGGCAACCCCGGCAGAGGACAGCAGCAGCGAUGGUGGCCGAUCUCGAAAGGAAGCUCCGGCAGCGAGUCCGACCGCGCUGAUGCAGCCGGCUUCCCGGAUGACAGGCCUCGGGGACAAGGAGGACACGAUGUCGGAUAUGUCGGAGCCCCUCCUGCCGCGCGGCGAUCGGUUUGACAGCCGCUCUUCGUCUUGACGGCAGCAAUCAUACAUGCGCACGUUCCGGUGCGUGGGUUUGGCGUCUUAAGUAGACUCGUCAGUUAAAGAGCCAAAAUUGUCGGCACGAUUAUAUGUACGGCGUGGUUGAGUUCCACCACCGCGGGUGAAUUGGGGAUGUUGCCGUCACCGUCAACCGUCGGUACCUCGCGCGCGUUGGUGGAUGGAUGGGCUGUUCAUCGAUGGGCCUACAAAAGGUUCGCUUGUUUUUUCUCUGUGGCUAUGUGUCUGACGUGUAAGAAGCUUGUGCUUCUGGUAUUUUUUUUUAAUGUAAAGGUGUUGUUAAGUGUGUUUGGGUUGUAGAUCACAAGAUAUGUUGAUUACACGGCGUGUAGGGUGUGUGUUGGUAUUGAGCGUGCUUCCAUGUGCAUCAAUGUGCAAGCGUUACGUUGUGUAUUACACAUCGUUGUAUGAAAGGGGAUAGGCAUGGAUGUUCCAGGUACAUGAGCAGUUUUGCUAGUUGGCAUUGACUUCCUGUAUAUUGUAGUAGAUCCAGUAAUAGUCAAAUUGCUGUCCUGCUUUACCACCGUCGUUGAGCUUUGUGUCCAGACUUUGAUAUGAGUGACAGAUGAUAUUCGGUCACCUAUAGUCUAUGAGCACUUGCCCCUCAACGCUUGCCUCAGUUCACACGCAAUAAUACAGUUAUCAACAGCGGCAUCAUGCCGUUUUUGCAUGGCUCUUUAUGCCAGUAAGGGGUGCGUGAGACAAUAUCUGAUACAUGUACGGAGGGUGAGAGAUGAGGGGUAGAGAGAUCGGGCCGGGCCGGAGAGAGUCAGUCUGCGAGAGGCCUAUGCCCUUGCGGUGGUAUCGCGUGCAGGCGUGUCGCUUUUAGUGAAGAGCGUGGUAUCGCAGACGACAUGUUAUUGCGUGGACGUAAGAGGUACAAACCUAUCCUACAUGGUUACACGUAUGCAAAGCGCGUGUUUUUUGCCGCUCGUGGUGGUGUGCAAUCCGCGCCGGGUUAUUUUUUUUGCCAACCGCUGAGCUCUGAGGGAAGCUAAACUUGUUAGAUACCGGUGGUCGUUGUGCUACGGCGAAGAAAAGUUACCUAUCUUGCGAAGGAAAGCUGCGCAUCUUGGGUCUCCCUCAUCGGAUGCAUGUUUUUUUCUGUCCGUGUUACCUACUUGCUUAGUCCUGUUGACCGAUCGGGGUCUCAAAAGCUGGUAUCAGCCCACGCUGCGAACCUUGGGGAAACCACCAGCGGGUAGUGCUGUGUACAGUAGCUGAGAUGAUUUGAAGACCUCCCACUGCUUUUGUCUGAGCAACUAUGGCUUGCUUUGGCGCGAUGCCCGUGAUGAGGGUGGGAGCAAGUUGACCUGUUGUCAAGGGUCCUUUUCUAAAAGCUCAUCAUCAAACUACGUACCCCCCGUCCUGCGCGCGCUCUGAUUCUACUGCUGUUGCUGCCACCCUGUGCUUCUGUUGGACCUGUUCUUCUUGCUCGGGAAUCUCGCAGAUGAACCACAAGCAGUUCUGUAUGGCCCAGAUGCAGCAAUCCUCCUGCACACAAUGCUUUUUACGCGAGGGCCGGCCUGUUUUUGGGUAGUAUGUAAAAUAUGAACAAAACUCAAGAAAAGGUUGAGAUAUCUUGCUGGUUGCAUUCGAGGAUCAAUGUGAACGGAUCCGUUACAUUUUACCUACAGUAUGCCGGACAACAUGACGAGGUGCAACUCACCGCCACGCUGGCUCAGCGUGGCGGUGAGGAUGCACAGACGGUGGUAGUGGCGAGAGGUGUGUAUGGACACUCUGUUCCCGCGGCAGUAAUGCAAAGCGGCAAACUGCACCUGGCAACCACCGUCGCGGAAAGCGUGGCCCACGAAGCUGGAGGAGUAGAGAGAUUCGUAAACACCACGUCAGUAAGCACCGCUCGCGGGAGAAGGGAGACGACCGCGGGCACCGCGGGGAGGGAGUGCUGCACCCUCCUCGUCAAAACACCACAGGCAAGAACCGAGCUCUGCAGAGAUGGAUUGAUGCGAGGAAACUCGCCGCUCGGAA